UCCUGGGCUCAGUCAGUCAGAGGCAGGCGGACCGUGUGCCACCACCUCAGCUCUUCCCCUCCACACUACACCUCCGCUCUGGUCCAAGAAACAACACUUUAACACAUCCAAUCAUGGAGAACACAGUGGCUGAGGGACAUGUGCCGGAGGAGCGUCGGGAUGGAGCAGACAGUCCUGACUCCGACACCAAGUCUGAGGGCUCAGGUGAGAAGAAGGAGCAGCUGCUCAGCGAGGCGCAGGUCCACGCCCCGGCCGAGGCAGAGAGCUGCUCCUCGGACUACCUGGAGGUCAGGGACCGGGACAAACACAGCAGCUCGUCCUCUUCAUCCAGCGAGGACGAGGAUGACGGGAAGGACGAGAAAGCUGCAGAGCCAAAGGUGGAGGAGGUGACGGUGGAGCCGGCGGUGACUGUGGAGCCGGAGGUUCAGGUCACGAUGGAGCCGAAGGUGGAGGUGACAGUGGAGCCGGCAGUGACGAUGGAGCCGGAGGUGGAGGUGCCGUUGGUGGAGCAGGUGAACGGCGAGGUGCACGACGCAUCCCGGCGCUCCUCGUCCUCCUCCUCGGCCUCCUCCGCCUCCCCCGAAGACCCGUGCGAAGACCCGCCGAUCCAGCCGAAGACUGAGGAGAAGGAUCCCGCCGAGGAAGCGAUGCUGAUGGCCGACACCCACCCGGACACCGACACCAAGCCGGAGGAGUCCGUCGACUUCAGCCUGAAAACCCUGGAGAUCGUCAGCCUGGAGGAGAGCAGCUCUGCCCCAGCUGACCCGGCUGACCCCGGCCAGCCUGACAUCGCUCUGUUCGUCAAGGCCGGCAAUGACGGAGAGAGCAUCGGAAACUGUCCCUUCUCCCAGCGCCUCUUCAUGAUCCUCUGGCUCAAAGGAGUCGUGUUCAACGUCACCACCGUCGACCUCAAGAGGAAGCCGGCGGAUCUGCACAACCUGGCCCCGGGGACGCACCCCCCCUUCCUGACCUUCAACGGGGAGGUCAAGACCGAUAUCAACAAGAUCGAGGAGUUUCUGGAGGAAAUGCUCAGUCCUCCAAAGUAUCCCAAACUGGCCGCCAAGCAAAGAGAGUCCAACACAGCUGGAAAUGACAUCUUCGCCAAGUUCUCAGCCUACAUCAAGAACACCAAACUGGAGGCCAAUGCUGUUCUAGAGAAGGGUUUGUCCAGGGCCCUGAAGAAGCUGGACGACUACCUGAACAGCCCGCUACCCGAUGAGAUCGAUGCAGACAGCAUGGAGGAGGAGAAGGGCUCCAGCCGCUGCUUCCUGGACGGGAACGAGCUCACUCUGGCAGACUGCAACCUGCUGCCUAAACUGCACAUAGUCAAGGUUGUUGCUAAGAAGUACCGCAGCUACGACAUCCCCUCCGACAUGACGGGCGUGUGGCGCUACCUGAAGAACGCCUACUCGCACGACGAGUUCACCAACACCUGCGCCGCCGACGCCGAGAUCGAGACGGCCUACAAAGACGUGGCGAGGAGACUGGCCAAGUAACUCGCCAAUCGAGCCCGGGCGAAAACAAACCAGCAAGCACAACACACCAAAAAAUACCACUUUCAAAUACACGUGACUGUCCUGUUCUUCAGCGUCAUUUCUCUACGAAGCUGUGUUUUUCGGUCUGUGAUAGUGAGCAGAUGUUACAGAUGUCUUUAGCAGCUCCGGAUGUGACAGAUGCAAAUGCAGGAACAGACGGUACAAAUCGGAAAUGGAGCAGAAUAAAUAAAUCUACGACUUCAAUUCACAAGUUUUCAAAACCGGAUCGAGAUUUUGCUGCCGUGAAACUUCUGACAUAACGUGAUCACGUCUGUCUGCGUUCAUAACACAAAGCUCUCUCUCGUACGGACUCCAUCGCUGGUCCACACGGGCCAAACCUUUUGCUAGCUGCUGCUGUCAGGCUCGUUCGCUUUAUUUAUUCCUAAAUAGCCCACAGACGACUAGUCGGUGUUUAUUGUCACAUUCUGGCUCCUGUGUAGACACCUUUUAAAUUAACGUAAUGAUUCAUGCUCUUAAUCGUUUGCUGAAUAUGAAUGUUGCGAUCUGCAGAUUCUUCUCUGACUGUCUCACAUCACUCUGGGUGAUUAUGCUCAUAAAUUCACUCCUGCUUCCAAGAGGUUGUUUUUUUAAAGAAGGUUGAUUUGAAAAAUAAGGGAGCAAAUAGAAACAAAUUUGAUUUCAAUUGAGAAAAAAACCCAAUCUGCUCUGUUUUUCUGAAUCAAGGAGAUCCUUUUCUGUUUUCGAGAAAGAAAAUGGAGCCGCAUGAUUUCAAGUUCCAUAAGUUUUCUUCAACGCUGUCUGUCUUUUGAGGUUGAAGUCUUGUUAAUUCCUCAAAAAGAGAGCUAAAAUGUGUCCUAAUUAAAGCAGAAAAUUAUCUCGUUAAUCCAUUUUUUAUCUUGUGAAAAUUUUUCUUUUUAAUUAACUUAAAAAACUGCUCGAUGACAUUAGUACAAUCCAUGAAGAACUUGCUGAUGAGAGCGUCCGUAACAAAAAAAAAGCUUGUUUCCGAAUUGCUUGCGCGAAUCUGUUUUAUUAAAUUGUAAUAUUUUUAACCUGAUCUUUAUAAGAUAUGAAAAAUUGUCGACUAUGUGCCUUUAUUUGGAAGUGUCGAAAGUCCACGCCAACGUCACUGAUGGACUCAUUCUGACAAAAGAAAAACUGUAUCGCAGCCGGAGCCGAGAGGUUUGGUUUUGCCUCGGGCUGUUAGUGUUGGGUCGAAGGUAUUGAUUCCGUCUCCAGUUACAGACGACAUUAUGAAUGGAGAGUGUAUUUAUUCAGCAGCCCCAAUCAGGCCUGAUUAGCUGGAGAGCCAUUAGCGCCGCGAUGAAAAGCAUCUUCCAGGCCAGGUCCACCGUGGUCGGGAGCCCUGCCCUCCAGCUCCUCAUCACACAGACACGUUUCCUCUGCUCGUAGGGGAGUCCAUCAACUUCCACAGCCCAAAAGUUCAAGUUCAAAAAGUUUCAUUAGGAGCAGGACGGAUUGUCAGAGGAGGAUGGAAAUUUGUUUUUCGGGGGCUUAUCGUCUUUGGCGUGGUGUCAGGCUGCAACUACAGCGAGACUUCCUUGAAGAACCAUAAGGCUCUUGUGUGGUUUGGACAAACAUAUGAAAUGAAAUUGGAGCAUGAUGACUGAGGGGCUUGCUCAUUGCGAAGCUCCACAAAUAAAAUAAUAUUUUCACA